UUACAGGACAAUAAGACUGGAAUUUAAUCAUCAACGUCUUCACUAUUACACCGAAAUUGAUGCAGUUCUAUUAAAUGGCAAAAAAUUCAAUAUGAGAAAUAUGCAAACAUUACUAGACUACUACGAACGACAAAGAAAAGGUUCCAUUUUAUGUAAAUUACAAAAUAUGAAAUUUCGACCUGUUUGUAAGGACAACUAUCAAACACGUUUGCAACAUUUUCUAAUGCAUGAUUUGGAUAAAUUUAUGUCUGCCUUAAACGAUGUACAGAUCAACAACGAUAACAGCAAUAUUACCGAAGAUAGUGAAUCAACAGGAAGGGUGGAUUUAAAGGAUAUGCCAUUUGAUAUAGUUUUAAAAAUCUUUAGCUAUUUAGAUUUAAUAUCUCUGUUUCGUGUGGGUCAAGUAUCGCGUUUCUUUUAUGAUGUCUCUACUCAUCCUCUGUUAUAUAGUGAAUUGAAUCUGAAACCUUAUUGGCAUUUAGCUUCCACUGAAUUACUUUCUACUUUGGCUAAGAGAGCAACGAUUUUAAAGAAAUUGGAUAUGUCCUGGUGUGGUUGUACCAUACAAACGGUAUCGCCCACGGAAUUUAAAAAAUUUAUACAGCAACGUGGUGAUUCUUUGACUCAUAUACGUUUAAAUUCAGCUAAGUUUUUAAAUGCCAGCUGUAUAGAAACAUUAGGCAUUGUCUGUGAUAAUUUAAGAGAGCUUUCUUUGCGCAAUUGUUCUACUAGUCCUCCUUUAUUGAAUUUUUCCUGUUUGGCUAAUUUAAAGAAUUUGGAACGUUUGGAUUUAUUCCAAACUGUCAUUGAAUCGGAUUUGCUAUUGACGAUGCUGGAGAGUAAUCCUAAAUUAAAACAUUUAAAUUUGGGUGAGUUUUUUUAACCCAUUUAUUUACAG